ACGGUUGCAUUGACCCGGUCGCAGAGAUUCUAUGUCUGUUUUGCCUGUUUGAUGAAUCUCGUUUCGAGAACUUCCCGGUUUGGAAAUAGGGUUUGCUGGAUGUUUUUGAGUGAAAAGAAAGGACAUAUUCUUAUCGGCGGUGAAGAUGGGGGACUUUUAUGACCCAGAGCAUCCAACGGAGUGUGAAAUUACCUUGAAGCGCUUGCUGCUCUGAGUUCAUUCCUGCCAGGCCAGAGGCUGCAAACCAGCACUGGCUAUCGAUUUGCAGAGACCCCGUAACGUGAGACCACCAGUAAAUGGAUACAUUCGUGGAAACAGAGAUCAGUGAAGAGGGAAAUGAUUUAUCGGCUAAGGACACAAAUCUGUCUAAAUCGUCCCUGCUUAAAGUUCCAAAAGGGGUGUCUUCGAGCCGCUUUCUACCCAAGGGCACUAAGACUACGGUAAAUCUGGAGGAACAGGGCAGGCAGAAGGUCUCAUUCAGCUUACCCAAGAAGCAUCUACAGACCCGGUUCUUGGCACCCAUCAGUCCUGAGAAGUUGCAGAACGACUCUCAGAUUGCCACUGUGACCACAACGUCUGCUCCCCCACAGGGGAUAACUCGACAACUCCUAGACAGUAAGAGUGAACCAUUUGAGCCACCUCCUGUGGUAGAGCAGCUCUCGCCACCCAAACUCAAGCUGGACAUGGGGAAGAUGCACUUCGAAAAGCAGCUUCUUGGUGUCACAUCCAAGCUUGAGACGGCACCUCCCGCUUCUCACACCGUAUUAGAAGAACCUCCGCAGUCAGAACCUAACCCCAAAUCUAUACCUGAACCCCAGAAUGACAUGAACAGUGCCCGUGAAGAACCCAUGAUGGAAGAUGGUCCUGAGGAUUCAAGCUCCUAUAAAGAGGAAGCUGCUGAUACUUCUCCUGUUGGGAAAGAAGGUGAGGAGCAGAUCAGUGUGAAGAAUGUACCCACCCAAUAUUCAGGGAAUCUGGAGACAAAGAAGCUAUCCCAGUCCGAGUGUGCCUUUCUUGGUUCAGAGUCUGAUGGUGAUUCAGUAAAGACUUCUUCCAGCCACAAAUCAGGUGACCCCAAAAACGUAGUGUGUGCAGAGAAGAGCAAAGAUGUUAAGAGGAAUUUGACGACCUCCAAAGCAGAAGAGUCUGGGAAGUCGUCAUCAUCGUCUUCCUCUCGCACCAAGUCUGAGAAGGAUGGUAGACUUUCUAGUCAUUCGAAGUCCGACCGAGACUCAAGGCACACAUCCUUGCAUUCUUCUAGAUCAGAGAGGGACAGGCGGAGGAGCAGGUCACGUUCUAGAUCCAGAGGGUCAAGAACAAGCUCAUCUUACUCUAGAUCUGAUAGAUCGUCAAGAACUGAUAGGUCUUCAAGGAAUGAUAGGUUGCAUUACACGGAUUCAGACAGGAAGUACCAUAGGAGCUCCCCCCACAGGGAGAGAAGUAGGUCCUCCCGUCCCCAGUCAGACAGGCGGUCUAAAGACAGUUCAGACUCUGAGGACGAUCACAAAAGGACUCAUUCCAAGGCCAGUGAUUCUAGAAGAGUCUCGACUCGUUCCUCUUUGCACAGGGAGUCGAAAACUUCUUCCUCCUCUUCCUACUCCAGAUCAGAAAAAGAAUCCAGAACAGAACCGUCUCACUCAUCAGAGUCAGAAAAAAGGACACGAUCUCACUCAAAAUCUGAGCGUGAUUACCGAAAGUCUGGCGAUUCAGAGACAGUCAGAAGGAACUCUCCCGACUUUGAGCUUGAUCGAAGGAGGUCCAGCACACACUCUAAAUCGGACAGCAUUGUAAACUCUCAUUCCAAAUUGAGUACGCCACUACUGGCUUCAGAGAAAAAAUCUAGAGGGACCACUUCCAGUUCGGACUCUGAGGAUGAGCUCAAAGGGAAGUCCCGAUCUCAGGUCUCAAAGUCUUCUGCUUCAAGGUCCAAUGAAUUACGGACUGCUGCUUCCAGAAAGACUGAUAACAAAAAGACAGAUAAGGGCGAACUGAAAUGUUCCCCUUCCAAACCCAGGGAGUCUUCAGGUUCCCACAAAUUUGAUAGAGUUAUGGAAAAAUUGACUCAAGAAACUGAGAGACAAUCACAAAGAAAGCCAGACUCCAAAUGUUCUGAGUCCAAGGCUGUUCCUGAAGAUCCUUGUUCAAGGAGUGGAAAUGGGGAUAGAAAAGAAACACUUUGCCUUGUGAACGAUAAACUUCAAGAUUCAAACAGUAAGGAAUUUGAAGAAAUGGACUGCCAUCCAUGCAACCAACCAGCCAGCCCAAAUCUAAAUGACAUAAAAAAUCUAACUGUGCCUGAACCAGACCAUAUAGAGGCAUCAAUAAUCCUAGACUGUGACAAAACGGACCUUCCUAAUUGGACAAGGUCCAGUAACACUGCAACCUAUAGGAACUGUUCUUCUCUAUCAAAAUUGCAAGAACGUGAUCCAUUAACAGAUCACAUUAAAAGCCAGCUUUUGACAAGUACAAUGUACCAGUCCAACCCAGUUUCUGCUGACAUCAAGGCUUCAUCUGCAUAUUGUGACUCUGAUAUGGUUGUGGAUGAACUACGUAAUAGAUCUCAUGAAACUUUGUCUGACAGACAGCAGGAAAGAAGUAAUCGCACAGAAAAUGUUGAACUCCAAUCAGUUGCUGUGUUCUGUGAUCCCCACGUGGAUGUAGAUUCAAUACAGUACACUGGCUCCUCUGAGCCUUUUGAGAAAACUGUGACAUCUGAAAUUGUGUGUGAAAUGCAGAUCUCCCCUACAGUGAUGCAUAUGGAACCCAAAGCUGUAAUGCGUGAGAGAGCUUCUGGUGAAUCCAUGAAAGUCAAAGGAGAUUCCAUUGAGUGGAAAGAAGUAGCUGAUGCAUGCCUGACUAGCUCCAUUAAAGAGCAGUUGGGAGAAAAUAAAGACUCCAUAGAAAAUAAACUUACCUCAGUGGAGCAUUGCAGCGCUGAGGAAGAACAUCCCAUAUUAAACACUGCUGAAGGUUCCCAGAAGGUGCUUGAUUUGUAUAUAGACAAGCUGCCUGGAAAGCAGCAGGCUGGCUUGGAAAAAGAUGAAGUCAUUCCUCCACUGCAACCUGCUUCCACCAGAAAGGAGCUUUUAUUGAAAGAAAAAAAGGACUUGCACCAAGGAGAACACAAGAUUAAAGAACCCAACGCAAACACAGUAGAACUUUCUCUUAAAGACGCUCCUAUGUCAUUUCAAAAAGAAUGCCCUCUGAAAAAAUAUCCCUGUUCAAACUCAUUUGAGAUUUCCCAAAUAGAGGAACAAACCUCAAAUUUUGAAGAUCACCACCUAACUAAUGCAGACACUGUAGCACCUAAAGAAGAACCCAAUUCAAAUAAAGAUCAUUUCCAGAUUAGGUCAAACUUGGAUGUAGUAAAACAGGCUGUUAAAGAAGACUUUGGAUUAGACCGAGGGAACUCUCCUGAAGUACCCAGUACAGGCACAGUAGAAAGCUGUCUCUAUGAAGAUCCUGGUUCAGACUUUUUAAAAGAACGGAACUCUGAAUCUCUGCAAUUGUUUCUUAAGGGAGAACCCAAUUUCAACCCAGUGGGUUGCUCAGUAAAAGAGCAGCCUAACUCAAGUAGCGAUCUUUGCUUAGAAAAGCAGCCAGCCUCCAAUGUAGAAGAAAACUUUGCAAGAACAAAGGAAAUUGCCAAACAAGUGGACAGUUGUGUGUGGCAGCCAGAGGAGCUAUCAGUUAGGUAUGUUAUGCCACAGCUGCAACCUCCCAGCGAGGCAAGGCAUAACAAUGAUACUGAGCAGUUUGAUGUUGCUUCGAAGUUUGUAGCAGACUUUAAAGAGUCUUGUUGUACCUCAGUUGGCACAGGAAAAGAUGAAGGUGCAUGGCAGAGCAAGCCAGACAGCAGCUGUGUUUCAUCUAAGGGGAGUGGAGUAGACCACAUGGGAGGGAGAGUGGACGACAAGGAGGAUGAAGAUAGUGAAGAGAGUGAGACCGAGGAUUCAGACUCUGACUCGGAUGACAGUGGUAUGCCCAGGAACCGGCUACAAUCUGUGGUGAUUGUGCCUAAAAACUCGAGCCACAUCCAGGAGAUCAGAGGCUUGUUGACCACUUCUUCCAGACGCAGCACCACCCCAGAGCAGAGGUCCACAUACUGGGCUCAGCCUGGAGCCAGGGAUGUUUGCAACCACACCUCAUCCGAUGAAGAAAACACUCGAGAUAAAUCCAGGAAGAGGGGCAGGAGCCCGGAGGGAAGACUGCAAGCUUCAAGUCCUCAGCCAGCCGAGAGUGGCAGACAAAACUUUACAUCUGCUGCAGAGAGGUUCCCUGAUGCUGGUCAACCUCAAAGCACCGCCUACCAGUCACAGAGCAACAUGGUAGACAGCACCAGCCAUUCUGCUGGCAUCCCCUGCCCUGAACCUCGCUUGGAACGUGAAUUGCGGACCCAGGAAAAAACUAAGCAGACACCAGCGUUGAUGUACAUUCAUACUGAACCUAGCCGUGGUUUCAAUUCCUGGGAGGCACCCCUGUCUGGAUGCCACAGGUACUAUGAAAAUCCAGACAGUCGACAGGGCAAGGGAUGGUCUUCAAGGCAGCCGUACUAUCAGUCUGGGGAUUUCUCCAAACUGGAUGGCUUCCCCAGUAGUGGUGACGGUUACACCUUGGGCUGGGAUUUCUCACAGCCUGAAAUGCCCAGCAGCACUUACCAGCAACCAGACAGCAGCUAUGGGGUCUACCCUGGCUACGCUCACCACCAGCUGCAGCAACAACAGCAGCUUCCUCUGCAAGGGAACUGCACAGCGGGACAGCUUUACAGACAGGACAAUGCCCACUGGGCUCCCCGAUCAGACAGUUACGGGACGGGUUGUGCCAGUGGCCCCUCGCAGUACCAGGAGCCUGUGAGCCAGGUGCACCCUGACUCACUGACCGAUGAUUAUGAGGAUGAAGAGAGAUCCAGCCAGCUAGCAAGUGCAAGCAGUACAGGAGAUCCCCACCAGCAAAAGGGACGAGCACUUCCUCCCUUUGUCCAGGCUAAUGAGAUCAGCAGCAAUUCCAAGGGGGCUGUCAGCAGUGCUCCAGAAAGAAAUGUGACGUCUGGAGCAUGCAAGGAGGAGAACCGCAAGCCAUCCAAAGGGAAAGGGCCACCGAAAAAGAGGCGUCCUGAAGUGGAGUUGGACUCUGAAAACGAGGCAGACCCAGGGCCCCCCAAAAAGGAUCGUGUGGGUGAAGGGGAAGUCUUAAAGGUCCCUUCUUCUCGCCACUCGGAGAACGGGCGCCCUCUCUGCAGCCUGCAGGACUUGCAGGACCAGCAAGCCUGGAAGGAGGGCUCCAAAACUGGGAAGAUGCCACCUUACUUCAACCUCAUUGAGGAGAAUAUCUACUUAACUGAAAGGAAGAAGAGCAAGUCUCACCGUGAUAUCAAGCGCAUGCAGUGCGAAUGCAGCUUGCUGUCCAAGGAGGAGAGGGCCCAGGGGCGAUGGGCCUGUGGAGAGGACUGCCUGAACCGACUGCUCAUGAUCGAAUGUUCCUCCCGGUGCCCCAAUGGACCAUAUUGUUCAAAUCGACGUUUCCAGCGCAAGCAGCAUGCAGAUUUCGAGGUCAUUUUAACUGAGAGUAAAGGUUGGGGGCUGCGGGCAGCCAAGGACUUGGCCCACAACACCUUUGUACUGGAGUACUGUGGAGAGGUCCUGGAUCACAAGGAGUUCAAGGCCCGAGUGAAGGAGUAUGCACGCAGCAAGAACAUUCACUACUACUUCAUGGCCUUGAAGAACAAUGAGAUCAUUGAUGCUACUCAAAAGGGAAACUGCUCACGGUUCAUGAACCACAGCUGUGAACCAAACUGUGAAACUCAGAAGUGGACUGUGAAUGGACAGCUGCGAGUUGGGUUCUUUACUACUAAGUUAGUUCCAGCAGGAACUGAGCUCACUUUCGACUACCAGUUCCAGAGAUAUGGUAAAGAGGCCCAGAAGUGUUUCUGCGGGGCACCCAGCUGUCGUGGUUUCCUGGGCGGGGAAAACCGGGUCAGCGUCCGGGCUGCAGGAGGCAAGAUGAAGAAGGAGCGGCCCCGCAAAAAAGACUCUGUGGACGAAGAGCUAGAAGCUUUACUGGAGAAUGGAGAUGGGCUGUCAGAUGAGAAACAGGUGCUGUCUCUCUGCCGGCUUAUGGUGAGAGUGGAGACGAUGGAGCAGAAACUCACCUGCCUUAAACUCAUACAGAACACCCAGAAUCCAACCUGUCUGAAACUGUUCCUGGAUCACCACGGGCUUUCCCUGCUCUGGAUCUUCAUGGUGGAGCUGGGAGAGGGGAAGGGCAACUCCAGCAACAACAUGAAACUGCAAAUGGAGAUAAUAAAGAGCCUCGAGGUGCUGCCAAUAUCCACUAAGAACAUGCUGGAGGAGAGUAAAGUCCUACACUUCAUCCAGCGUUGGGCCCAGACCAAGACUCUGCUGCCCCACGUGAUCGAGCUGGAUGGCUACUCCAGUGAGAACACAUCGCGUGCCCAGACCCCCCUCAACACCCCCGAUGGCGCAGGUUUCAGCAAGCCCACCCAGGAGCUGGACACAGAGACGCCCAAGAGGGCCGUCUACCGGCGCCUUAAGAUCAUCAGUGAGAACAGCAUGGACAGCACACUUUCUGAUGCCAGCAAGGCCUCAGACGGGGAGCUGGAGGCCAAGGAUGGCAAGGAAGAGGAUGAGGAGGAAGAGGAGGAGGAGGAAGCAGACUCCUCACAGGCAGACCUAGCUGAGAGCCAGCCCUGUGAAGGUCAGUCCGCUGAGUGCAGAGUGUCCCAGGACAACAGUGUACAGCCCCCUGACAACGCAGACAAGUCCCAGGAUGAGCCACAGACCGAGCCCCGGCCUGAGGGAGACUUGCAGGCCAUGAAUGUGGAAACCAGUACAGAGAUUGAAGACAUUGGGGACUUUAGGACUGAGAAUGGAGAAGCCCUGGCUCCAUGUGGAGAGGCUAGGGACAAUGAGAAAUCCAGGGCUGAGAGUGGGGUCCCACAGGAGGAGGAGGGGGAGGAGGAGAAGGAAGAAGAGCAGGCUAGCAUCCAUCCAGGCGAGCCUGAAGGAGGGGACCCCCACACCCAGUCUGCAGCUGUCCAGCCCGGGAGUCUUUGCAGUCAGGCAGAGCUGAAGGAGCAGCCCCAGGCUGAAGAUCCCGAGGCCGGGCCGAAGCUGGAGGAGUCAAUGGCUGUAGAGACGCCCUCUCAGGACGAGGAGGAGGGGGUGUCUGACGUAGAGAGUGAGCACAGCCAGGAGCCCCCCCAUAAGAUCGCUGACAUUAGUGAGAUGGCCUCCAGGCUGCUGGACAGUUGGAAGGAUCUGAAGGAGGUAUACAGGAUUCCAAAGAAGAGUCAAGUCGAGAAGGAGCCACAGGAGCGAGGUCGGGACAGUCAGAGUCUGCGGGACCACCCUCUGACUCCACGCACCCCCUCGGGGAGUCGAGAGAGGGACCGGGACAGAGAGAGGGACAGGGACAGAGAGUCCGAGAGGACACCCCACAGCAAGGAUCGAAACAGGCGCCGUUCUUCCCUUUCCCCCCCACAUUCCAUCUACGAGAGAAGCAACAGGAGAGGAGAUGACCGGUAUGAUGUCCAGAGCAGCAGCAGCAAGAAGAGCAGGACCAAGGAGCGCAACAAGCUGUCAACGGAGGAGCGGCGCAAGCUGUUUGAGCAGGAAGUGGCUCAGCGUGAGGCUCACAAACAGCAGCAACUGCAACAAACCCUGGGGGUUGGCUCACCCAUGCCCUACGAUACCCUGGGCACAUACGCCAGCAGCAACCACCACAGCUUCUACCCACCAGGCUACCCCAUUCAGACCUAUGUGGACCCCAGCAACCCGAACGCAGGCAAGGUCUUGUUGCCCACCCCUCCUGUGGAGCCCAUGUGUGGCACACUGACCUAUGAGCAGAUGACACCCCAGCCCCUUCUCCCAGACCCUGGCCUACCCUCACCCACACAGCAGCCCGUCACAGCCAUACAGCAUGUGCCCACACCCAUCGAAGUACCCAGCACUCCACAGUACAUGCAGCAGAGCGUGCCCCAGGACACUGCUGUGGUUGUCCUCUCGGGUCCUGCGCCAACAGGACAGCAGCAGGUUCAGGGGCAGAGUUACGCCUUGUGGGACCACAGCACUCAGCAGGCCUUAGCAGUGCAGCCACAGUCCUACCAGCUGGCACAGCCACAGACUGCAAUCUACUACCAGGGUCAGCCCUGCCAGACAGUGUACAACAUUGCCACACCCUACACACAGACCAGCACUCCUGCGGUACAGGGCUAUGCACAGCCCACCACCCCGUACAUCCAGGGCCAACAGGUGUAUUCGGCUCACCAGCAGGGGGUGGUGUUGCAGCAGGCAGGAACAGUGACCACAAUCGUAACGGCACAGACAGUGCAGCAGGAGUUGUUGGUGUCAAACAGUGUGAUGGACCUGCCCCCUCCCUCACCCCCGAAACCCAAAACCAUUGUUCUCCCUCCCAACUGGAAAGCAGCACGUGACCCAGAGGGCAAGAUCUACUACUACCAUGUCAUCACAAGACAAACACAGUGGGAUCCCCCUUGUUGGGAUGGGGGCAGUGAUGUCAGUGUCGACCAUGAAGCCGAAAUGGACCUGGGGACCCCCACAUACGACGAGAACCCCACCAAGGAUUUAUCAAUGUCUCAGGAUGGGAGCUUAGAAGGGACACCUAAUGCUUACCAGUUCUCCACAAAGGCUAAAACGGCGGAGGCAGACACCUCGAGUGAGUUAGCCAAGAAGAGUAAAGAGGUGUUUCGGAAGGAGAUGUCACAGUUUAUUGUGCAGUGCCUAAACCCCUACAGAAAGCCAGACUGCAAACUGGGCCGGAUAAUCAACACGGAGGACUUCAAGCACCUUGCACGGAAGCUGACCCACGGGGUAAUGAACAAGGAGCUGAAGUCCUGCAAGAACCCAGAGGACCUGGAAUGUAAUGAGAAUGUGAAGCACAAAACCAAGGAGUACAUCAAGAAGUACAUGCAGAAAUUUGGGGCCAUGUACCGACCCAAAGAGGACCCAGACAUGGACUAGCACCUGCUCUCUGUGCUCAUAGACUCGAGAGAAAUGAGAGAGCACAGGAUUCCAUACCUGGGCUAGGAGGUAUCCCCCUGGGCUGGAAUACACUUCCCUCUCUCUUAUGCAGGAUGCAAACUAAAUCGCCACUCCCAGAUUCUCCUUGGGAAAUGAUUUCAGAUGAGGAAGAGAGAAAGAGGGAUUCAUGACAGCCCCUUCUUGUAGGCUUGAACAAAGACCAUCGCUCCCAGUGGAGCUGAAUAACUGGAGUUUAAGAAGCCUUUUAUUAACUGAGCCAGUCCCUGAUGAGAGAACAUUCUCCCCCUAGGGCAACCACUUCAUUCUGAGGAAUGAAUUUUCAUCUAUCUGCAGCAUUCUUCUGUUGCUAUGACUUGACGUAGGGUUAUCCUAUGCUUGCACAUGUAAUUCAUAGAUGUGUGUGUUUGUAUAUGCAGGUGUGUAAUUCACAUGCCAUAGCUAACACGUUGUCAGUGCAGGAUUGAGAGCUAUUCUGUUGGCAUUAAUGAAUCAAUUACUUAUUACUUAUGGGUUUAUUGUGAAUUAUUUAAUUAUUUUUCUGAAGGGUCAGGCUAAGUAUCUUGUAAGUAGGAAAGACAUUUGUGUCAUUUCAGUAGAGAAGUCUUGUACUAACAGACUCGCUUUAAUGUAUAUGCAUAUAUAUAUAUCAACUAGGAACCAACUAGAAAAUAUUCCAUUGUGUAUAAACGACCAUUAUACUUAUAAAGGUGGUUGAAAUCAAGCCAAGUGUGAUUCUGAUGACUGCUACCAUGAAAUACACACAGAACCAACACCAAAUUGAGACUGGUCUACUGCACUGUGUGUUUACAGUCAGCCACAAAAUGUACGUGGCAUCACAAUCUUGAAAAUUGCUUUAAAUGGUAACAUUCAAGAAGUCCAGUCCAAAAUACAUCCUAAAAACUGGUUUAAAAUAGCUUCACAAACAAACAUUUGAUGGGUUUUUAAAAGCAUUAAUUCUUUCUGCAGUGGUAAUUGAUAAUUGACCUUGUCUUUCUUUAAGUGCACCUAACUUGCUGUUAAUUAUCAAACAGAUAAUAACCCAUGCGCAGGACUUUCAACUCUCAAGUAUUAUUAUUGUGGCACAAGUUAGUGUGCGUAUUACCAGACUGUGCUAUUUUAAUAAUAAGAUAAAACGAGGGUAUCCUGAAAUUGAAUUCUACUUCAUGUGCAUUAUAACCUUGUACACACACGCAUAUAAACAUACUUGACAUGCUUGCUGUGGGGGAGACUGGACUUGAUUCCAAACUUACUGCAAAAUAAAGAAGAUUCAUUUCUGCAGAGGCCAGUCCUAUCUGCUUCUGUGUCUGUCCCUCUCUCUGUGGCUGGCAGGGGGAUCCCAGACCUCCAGUGCUUUUAACUGCAUUAAACUAUAGUUUUCAUAGAAAUGUAUAAUAAUGUUUUAAGAUAUAUGAAUAUAUUGAUACAUCGUUUUUUUGUUUUUUUUCCCCCCAAUAGCAAGGAUGUUUCCUUUGUAAAAGAAUGGUGUUUGAGAUUUUAAAAUGUAAAUAUAAAAAAAUGAUGAAAUUACAAUAAAGUGAAGUCUUGUCAACACUCAGUUGUUUGUUUCUACCAGGUUAAAGUCUGGUGAUGCCCCACUCCUACCAUUUCAAAAGGUUACCGUGUUUUAUAAUCACUGCUUUUUGUCAUUUUGGUUUUGUUCCAAUUUCUAUUGAAAAGAAAAACAGAUUUCUAUGUACAAAGGAGACUCUCCUCUUCUCCCAUGUAAGUAUGGUGCGAGGAUAUUGUGUAAAGUCUUUUAAAAGAAAAUAAACAUUUUUUUAAAAAUUAAA